GGUGUGGAACAUGCCGCCCUCGCGUUCCAGGACCGGCUGACGGGGAGAGAGCAGCAACAUGGGAAACACGACCACAAAGUUCCGCAAAGCCCUCAUCAACGGAGACGAGAACCUGGCCUGCCAGAUCUACGAGAGCAACCCGCAGCUCAAGGAAUCCCUAGACCCCAACACGUCCUACGGGGAGCCCUACCAGCACAACACCCCGCUGCACUACGCCGCCCGCCAUGGCAUGAACCGCAUCCUGGGGACCUUCCUCUUCAUGCGAGACGGGAACCCGAACAAGCGCAACGUGCACAAUGAGACCUCGAUGCACUUGCUGUGUAUGGGGCCUGAGCUCCUCAUCUCGGAGGGCGCCCUCCACCCACGCCUGGCCCGCCCCUCCGAGGACCACUGCCGCAGAGCCGACUGCUUGCAGAUGAUCCUCCGCUGGAAAGGGGCCAAGCUGGACCGGGGCGAGUAUGAGCGGGCCGCCAUCGACGCCGUAGAUAACAAAAAGAACACACCCUUGCACUAUGCCGCCGGCUCCGGGAUGAGAGCUUGUGUUGAGCUUUUAGUAAAACACGGAGGAGACUUGUUUGCUGAAAACGAAAACAAAGAUACUCCUUGCGACUGCGCUGAGAAGCAGCAUCACACAGACUUGGCCCUGAACCUGGAAUCGCAGAUGGUGUUCUCCCGGGACCCCGAGGCCGACGACAUCGAGGCUGAAUACGCUGCCCUCGACAAGAGAGAGCCGUACGAAGGACUCAGACCUCAAGAUCUUCGCAGACUGAAAGACAUGCUGAUCGUCGAGUCCGCCGAUAUGCUUCAAGCCCCGCUCUUCACGGCCGAGGCCUUGCUCAGAGCCCAUGACUGGGACAGGGAGAAGCUGCUCGAGGCGUGGAUGGCCAAUCCUGAGAACUGCUGCCAGCGUUCAGGGGUCCAGAUGCCAACACCACCCCCGAGCGGGUACAACGCCUGGGACACCCUCCCUUCGCCCCGGACGCCGCGGACCACGCGCUCCUCCGUCACGUCCCCCGACGAGAUAAGCCUGUCGCCGGGGGAUCUGGAUGCCGCGUUGUGUGAAAUCUGCAUGUGCAAUAUUUCUGUGUUUGAGGACCCAGUGGACAUGCCGUGUGGACAUGACUUCUGCAGAGCGUGCUGGGAGGCGUUCCUGAAUUUGAAAAUUCAGGAGGGAGAAGCUCAUAACAUUUUCUGCCCAGCCUACGAGUGCUUCCAGCUGGUCCCUGUGGAGGUCAUCGAGAGCGUGGUCUCCCGGGAGAUGGACAAACGCUACCUCCAAUUCGACAUCAAGGCCUUUGUGGAAAACAAUCCUGCCAUUAAGUGGUGCCCCACGGCCGGCUGUGAGCGAGCCGUCCGGCUGACCCAGCAAGGAUCCGCCAUCGCCGGCUCGGACACCCUCAGCUUUCCGCUGCUGAGUGCGCCUGCCGUGGACUGUGGGAAAGGACAUCUCUUCUGCUGGGAGUGCCUUGGCGAAGCCCACGAGCCCUGCGACUGCCCAACGUGGAAAAACUGGCUACAGAAGAUCACAGAAAUGAAACCGGAAGAACUGGUGGGGGUGAGUGAGGCCUACGAAGAUGCCGCCAACUGCCUCUGGCUGCUCACCAACUCCAAGCCGUGCGCCAACUGCAAAUCUCCCAUCCAGAAGAACGAGGGCUGCAACCACAUGCAGUGUGCCAAGUGCAAGUAUGACUUCUGCUGGAUCUGUCUGGAGGAGUGGAAGAAGCACAGCUCUUCCACCGGGGGCUACUACCGCUGCACACGCUACCAGGUCAUCCAGCAUGUGGAGGAGCAGUCCAAGGAGAUGACGGUGGAGGCUGAGAAGAAGCACAGACGCUUUCAGGAGCUGGACCGGUUCAUGCACUAUUACACGAGGUUUAAGAACCAUGAGCUCAGCUAUCAGUUAGAGCAGCGCCUUCUAAAGACAGCCAAGGAGAAGAUGGAGCAGCUGAGCAGAGCCCUGAGGGGAACCGAAGGGGUCUGCCCGGACACCACUUUCAUCGAAGACGCCGUCCAGGAACUCCUCAAGACCCGGCGCAUUCUCAAGUGUUCUUACCCAUAUGGAUUCUUUCUGGAACCUAAAAGCACAAAGAAAGAAAUAUUUGAACUCAUGCAGACGGAUCUAGAGAUGGUCACCGAAGACCUGGCGCAGAAAGUCAACCGGCCGUACCUACGCACACCCCGCCACAAAAUCAUCCGGGCCGCCUGCCUCGUGCAGCAGAAGAGACAGGAGUUCUUGGCCUCGGUAGCCCGAGGGGUGGCACCGGCAGACUCGCCCGAAGCCCCCAGGCGCAGCUUUGCCGGCGGAACGUGGGACUGGGAAUAUUUGGGAUUUGCAUCACCUGAGGAAUAUGCUGAAUUUCAGUAUCGGAGGCGGCACCGCCAACGGCGACGAGGGGACGUGCACAGUCUGCUCAGUAACACCCCAGACCCUGAUGAGCCAAGCGAGAGCACUUUAGAGAGCCAAGAGGGAGGGAGCAGCCGGAGGCCCGGGACCUCCAUGGUGAGUUCAGCAUCGGUCAGCGUCCUGCACAGCUCCUCGCUGCACGACUACACCCCGGCUAGCCGCUCUGAGAACCAGGAUUCCUUGCAGGCCCUGAGCUCCCUGGAUGAAGACGACCCAAACAUCCUGCUGGCCAUCCAGCUGUCGUUGCAGGAUUCGGGGCUGGCCAUGGACGAGGAGGCCGGAGACUUCCUCCGGCCCGAGGCCGCCUUUGGCGCCACGGGCACCUCUCUGCCGACGAGGCUGGAGGCCGGUCCCGGGGCUCCGGCCCACCCCCGGCCCGCCCUCAGCAGCUCGGAGCUGCUGGAGCUCGGCGAGAGCCUCCUGCGCCUCGGGGCGGCCGGCGACCCCUUCCCCGCCAGGGACCGGGAGCCGCAGCCCUCCGACGGGUUGGACUCGGAGGCCGGCGGCGCGGACCCUUCCCACCGGGACCCCGGCCCCAACGCCGAUCUCCUGGGAAACAUCAUGGCUUGGUUUCACGACAUGAACCCCCAGAGCAUCGCCCUGAUCCCAUCAGCUGCCGCUGAGCCCGGCCGGGACCCACCCGGGCCUGAGAGGGGACCGGCCGCCAGGCCGGAGGAGGAGGAGGAGGAGGAGGAGGAGGAGGGCAGGGAGAUGGUGGCGGCGACGCCGGUGGAGGACGGGGAGGAAGUCGGACCGGCGCUCCGGGAAGAGCAUGCCCCGUUUGAGGGGGCGGGUGAAGGAAGCACGGCGGAGGAAAGCGGUCCCGGAGACAGCGCCGGGCCUGGGGAAGGAGAACCCCGAGCCGGUGACUGUGCCACUGUCGGAGCAGCCGACUGCGCGGACCCCGUGGGAGGACUUGCCGGCCAAACUCCUCAGACCUCCACCGGGUGGACCGAGCAAGUGCACUUGGUAUGAACCCACGCCCACACAACCCCACAUCUGCACACGCGCACACCACACGCACCUACCCCCAGCCACCCCUAGCCACAGGCUCGCACAUGAACACACACACACGCAGACACGCAUCCACACCCACACGUUGCUCCUGGACCCCAAGAGGUGACCCAGGUGGAACAUACACAUCGGAAGCGUCAAACCGCACGGUUCCGGUUCCGUGGAAAACCACGGAUGUGGGGGUUGAACCUGCAGGAGGAAUGUCCUCGGAGCGAGCUUCUUGGUGCAGGCGGAACCUUCUGAGGAAUUUCUUUGGCAUGGGAUCAGGGUGGGUCUCCGUCCCAGAGCACGGCCCCCGCUCAGCUGGAAAGGGGAGAUGGAGGCAAAGGCCUCCCCCCUUCCCUCCAUUUGACCCCGUCGCUCCAUCUCAGCCACAGCGGCCUCAUCCUGCGGAGCGCCUCGUUUUCCCACCCCGCUGUCACGUCCCUGUAACUUUCUCUUCCCUCUUACUAGUGGUGUGACCCGUGGGCUCCCACGCCCCUCCUCUAGCACUGCACCCACAACAAGGUGACCGUCUUUAUUUUCACCCCAGGCAGAGAUUCAGGCAGGUCUAUUUACAGUCCCCGAGUGCCAAACUGGGACUAGCCAGCCCCGCGAGGGGCAGCCGUGGAAGGGGCGACCAGGGAACCCCGGAGCAGCGGUUCACCCUCGUUCCUGUGGCGGUAGCGGUGCCUCUGGGGCGUGGGGGCCCGCUGGCGGCGGUCCGCAUGUUCUUAAUAGCCGUAGCUGUGCUGUCCAGUCCAGCCUGUGGUGCAGUGGCAGGGUAAGGAUUCCAGAAGGCGGUGGCUUCUCAAGCAGGCGAGAAGGGAGGUUUCUGGAGUUCUAGGAAGGCCACGCCACUCCCCAUCCCUGCCCCGAGUUUUCCUGGACCGGUCAGCAACACCACCACCCCCCACUUCCCCCAAUCCCGCCACAUGUUACUGUGCCUUUCCCCGACCUGGGGGGACAGUUCAAUCCGCCAGUGACUGGAAUCUCCGUGUCCACCCUGCUCCGGGGUGGGGAGGGGGGGGCCGUGCUCCCCCUCAAAUCCCGCCCCCCCCACCCCCCUGAAAAAGCAACUUGGGCCUUCCCUUCUGGUGACUCUCACUGUCCCCAGGUUCAGUCAGCUCAUCUGCCCAAGGCACACACACACACAUCUAUGUGUGUUUGUUCGAUUGCACAAUCUUCAUUUGCUGUGUGAAUACUGUUUAAGUGUUUAAAAAAUAAGAAAACUUCCUAGUUAUCCGUGUCUUACUGUGAAGAAAAUCUUGGUCUUAGUGGUAAGACACGAUGGUACAGUAUGUAUUACAAUAGAACAUAUACCUUUUCGGGGCAGCCGUUUGACUUACAUAUAAUCCAGACUAGCCUAACUCAAGCGAAAUAGGGAUGCGGCGGCCCGAUUUCUGUUUCGCCGGACGACUAGAGAGGUCUGCAGGUCCCUGCUGCUGCCGUUUUGCUACUGAGCGUGUACAGGUCAGUACCAAGUAGA